AUGCUGCCUCUUCGAGCAGCUAGGCAACACCCUAUCCGAUUCUGCCGACCUGCUUAUCAUGCUGUGGAAACGGGUUUUCCUCAUGCUGAAUCUAGUUCAGCGCCUUCAAGAAGAUUCGCUUCUUCAGCUGCAAUUUCGACUUCAGAGAUCUCUCCUGAGCAGCCUGAGAGCACUAUCGAAGCCGCAGCUGAAAAAGGAUCCGUCAAUGGGAAUGCCAUAGGGAAGGAAAGAAGGGCAUUCAAGAAUAACAAUUCAAGAGCUAAAAAACAAGCUUUAGCAAAUGCUAAGAAAUUAGCAGAAGCAUUUCGAUCCGAACCUUCUCCCACCCAAUCUUCUCACCCCAAUUCUGCUACAUCAUCAUCUCCUCUAUCGGUAUCAUCACAAAACUCAUCUAAUGAUGCAUUCUGGUCAAAUCUCUUGACUACGCCAAAUACGAUUUCAUCAGCAUCAAAUCCAAAUUCAAACCCAAACACAACGUCAAUACCUACAAUAGAAGAUUUAUUAUCUAAAAAACCAGAACGAUCACCACCGGAUCCAUGGCAUCCAAUAUAUCCUAAAUUGUAUAAAAAGUUAUUCGAUAAUAUAGAUUCUGCAUUUGUCUUGAAACAGAUUAGAAAUUUAGCAAUUGAUUUAGAUAUAAAAGUUGGAACGAAAAAAACUAGUAAAAAUAGGAUUAUCAAAAAGAUACUGAAGUCUUGGGAUUGGAUAGAACCUCGUGCAAAACCUAUUGAAAGGCCACCCGAACCAUCUGUAUUCGAUUUACCUCCACCCGAAUUAUUCCUUUUCUUAAGAAAUAAUCAACUUAUACAAUCGUUAACACAAGGAGAAGAUCCGAUUGAAUUCUCAAUUGUACCAUUAUCACAAGCUCCUGAAACGACAUUCUUUCAACCUGCUUUAGGUGAUAAAGAUAGGAUGGUACUCGUGGCUAUGGGUCAAGUCGCAGCUUUAGCAAAACUCACCCAAAUUCUAGCCGACAGAAAGCAGACUAUCAAUACAGUCGAAUUUCCUGCUCAAGAUUUGCAUGGUCUUCAAGCUCCGGUUGGUUUACUUCAGAUAAUAUCGAAUGCUGCGGGAGCUUAUGUCGAACCUAUAACGGGAGACAAGUAUCGUGUGACAGCUAUGACACUUGAAGAUACGGAAACAGCGAAACGUCUUUUAGCAAUGGCGGCUCUUCAAACCAAUACUUUACCUCCUUACCGAACUGUCGACGCCCUGCUACCAACUCCAAGACAUUCUCAAAUUUCUCCUUUAAAACUAUCGCUUUAUCCAUGGACUCCAUCGUUGACAGAACCGUUACCUUGGUCAUUAUCAUCAAUAACGAACUCGCAAACUUUAUUCAGGUUGAAAAAGGUCACAGAAUGGAAUAUCAAGCCAGCAUUAAGAGAGAUUGAUCAAAAGAAUGAGAGGAUUCAAUUCGCUCCUACGGUCAAAUUCACUAAGACCGAUAUCGAUAUCUCUAAUGCCAAUGUUGCAGGAUUGAGAGGUACUACUCAAGAUGAGUUCCAAAAUUUGGUAAUGGAUCUAACAGCUAAAAAAGGAAAGAAAAGGAUUAAGAUCCAAUUUGGAAAUUUGUUGUUUCCUAUAAAACCAAAAGAAGACGAUAAAUCAAUCGGGAUAUUCGAUAACCCAUUACUUGGUCAAUGGCCAAUCGAGACUUUAUCCAAAUGGAUUGAAACCAGGAACAUUAAACCUGUCUUUGCACCAAGUUUGACGCCCUCAAUGAUCCAGUUUCCGUUAUCUGGUGAUUCGAUUCAAAUGAGAAGAGUCAGAUAUAGAUCCAUACCCACCACCCCUAGUGGAGAAUCAAGAUUUGUCGAGUUCACACAUAAGAGGGCUCAAUUGGGCGAGAAAGACGUUAUGUGGCAAGAUCAACUCGGAGCAAUGUUGGAUAAUCUGGAAGAGGAAAUCAAGAAUGAGGAUGGGGAUACCGUCAUUCCAGUCGCAAAGGAAGUGGAAAGUUCAAUAGAGAAGGCUGCUUUCACAGGAGAGGAGGUUUCAUCUGACUUGGAGAAGAAGGAGGCAUCUACUGAUAUUUUAGGUGAAAAGGAGGGGACGGUCACAGGUGAUGAGGAACCUAGAUUGUUUAAGGCUGUAUUUGGAGUCAUCAAAGAAUCAGAUCUGUUCAUUCCUGAUCGACCAAAUGACGCGAGAUUGAUAUCCACAUCAACGGUGUCGCUUCCUGAUCAUAAAAUCCCAGAUUCAAUAACACUUUUAUUCGAAGCUGAACAAGCUUCUAUGUCCCCUCUAUCACCUCCUUCCUCGCUCGUAAUCAAAGACGAGAAAUACGUGUUGGAAUAUGAUGAAAGAUUGAAUAUGAUUGAAGAGGUUGAUGAGAUUGAUGUGGCAGGCAAUAAAUUACCAUUGAUGAGGAGAACCUUGAAAGUCUCCGAAGAAGGUUUAGCAGGUCAAACUAAACCUUUGCAUUACACCGAGCUUGAAUGUGGAUCAAAUUCAGAUGGAACUUUACCUCCUGAAUUCUACCGCGAAUUAGCAACGAUCACAAGAGAUAUAGGUCCUGAUUCCGGCGCGUUGAGAAGAGGAAAUAUCUCAGCUUAUAUAGGAGAAAGCUGGGACAAACGAAGAGUAUAG